GUUUGUCAAUAAUGACAUAACCUAAAGUUAGCACACCACAAUAACAUAACCUAAAACAACAAACAUGCUUAUAGCAAAUUAUUAUUAUUUAAACAAAUUGUUUAUCCCUUGCUAAUAUUGUUCGUUAUAAUUAAAUGAUGAAUUCCAAACAAAAAACUCGAAUAACCGGUAAAUUAAAAUGCCCCAACCCUCUGUUCGAGCAAUGGCUGAUAUCCUGGCGGGACCAAGCGAUGGCAAAAGAGUCGAAGAUGCAGCACACGUUUAAUAGGGCCCUAAAAUCCUUGAGGCUCUACCCAAUACCUUUGGAGUCAGGUAAAGAGUGUAAAAUUCUAAAAGGGUUCGGAGAUACUCUGUGCAGAAUGUUGGACGAUAAGUUAAAAGAGUAUAGGGCCCAUAAUGGGGGAGAAAUUGAGUCUCAAAGGUCUAAGGGAGGUAAUAAUAAAGAUACUGAUAGAGUUAUUACUGAUACGGUGGGUACUAAACCCAGGGGUAAUGCAAGAGAGGUUACUGACGAGGUAAACAAACCUGGGGGUUCGAAACAAUAUGUCCCCCAAUACGGUUCGGGCGGCUAUGCCAUCUUGAUCACCCUAUACACGGAAAGCCUUAAGCCAGACUAUCCAGGAUAUUUAAAAAAAUCAGACAUAGUCCUCUUGGGAACACCUUAUCUGGACAAUUCUUCAUUCACAAAACCAGAUCCUGGAUCAAGAUAUAACGCGUGGUCCUCAAUGAGGACUCUACUAUCCAAGGAGUUGGUGCUGAAAAAGAGCAACCCGGCAAAGUUCUCUUUGACCAAAAAGGGGUGGGAUUUAGCAAAGAAGCUUUAUGAGAAAUCCCAAGUUGAAUUACCCGAUAAUGUCUCGGAAACUGAUGAAGAUCCUGUAGAUCUAAAUCAGGACUGUUUGGAUGAGAUUUUCUUUGAAAGAACUGCACUCCCCAGAGUUGAAUCUUGUCCGGAACAACCUCAAACCGCCAAAACCCCUUUGCAAAAGUUCGCUACAGUUGCCUCCUGUAGCGGCAAAGGGUGCAAGAGAACCUUCGAAGAGAGCUGUAGGGCUUUUAGCAUGUCCCCCUACAGUUUCGACGUCAUUCUCUAUGUGGACACUAGCGAGACCUCAGGAUUCUCCAACAGCCACAAGGACGAACUGUUGCAACGUUUGAUCGAACACGGGGUCCAAUUUGAGGUGAAAAAGUUGAAAGUGAGCGAUUUCGUGUGGGUCAGUAGGGACAGAGGGUCGAACGAGGAACUCGUGUUACCUUAUGCCGUGGAGAGGAAGAGGAUGGACGAUUUCGCUUCUAGUAUUAAAGAUAAAAGGUACUACGAGCAAAAGUUCAGACUCAAAAAGUCCGGAAUAGAGAACCUGAUUUAUUUAGUGGAAAGUCACGGUAAUAAUCAGCACGUCGGACUGCCGCUUAAGAACUUGCAUCAAGCGGCCAGUAACACCGCGAUCCAAGAGAACUUCUUCGUAAAAUUCACGGAAAACACCAAAGAAACCGUCGAGUAUUUGGCGAACAUGUUCGGCACACUCAAGCGAAUAUUCGCGUCAAAAACCCUCUGCAGUUGCCCCAAAGACACUUAUAGACCGGUGGACCUUAACAGGGACUCGAUCGACCUAAUCACUUUCAAAGAAUUCCAGGAUAUAUCAAUUAAAAACAAGAGGGUGCAGCACGUGUCCGAUUUGUUCGUUAAAAUGUUGGUGCAAAUCAAAGGGUUGUCCGUGGAUAAGGCCUUGGCCGUAGUGAGAGUGUACCCCACUCCCCGGUCGCUUAAGACCCGCUACGAAAACUCGCCCCCCGGCGAAGGGGAGAGGAUGCUCGCGGGCAUUAAAUGCGGCAAUAAAUGCUUGGGGGUGGCACUCAGUAAAACCGUGUAUCGAGUUUUUCAGGAUGCGCAGUAUUGACGUCUCUUUCUAUUGCAUGUUAAAUAAAGUUUGUUUUGUG